AGGUGGAGAAGGUGAUGCCUGCUGACACAUUCUACUUCUCUAUCAUCAGGGAUCCAGUCGCUCUGGCUGAGUCCUCCUUUGCUUAUUACAAAGAGGUAGCACCUGCCUUUAGGAAAACCAAAGGCUUGGGUGACUUUGCUGAUGACCCUCAGAAAUACUACGACCCACGUCUCCGCAACAACCACUAUGCUCGCAAUCUGCUUUGGUUUGACUUUGGCAUGGACCACAAUGCUAAUUUCUCAGUGGCACUGGCCCAACAUGGCCAGGCCAUGAUCCGCCAGGCCUUCAAGCUGAUUUUAGUGUCUGAGUACUUUGACCAGUCCAUGAUCCUGCUGAGACACGCCCUCUGCUGGCCGCUGGAUGCUGUCGUCUCCUUCAGCCUCAACGCUCGGCAGCAGAAGCCCAGUGGCAUUGGUGGGAUAAGUGGUAGCUGGGUGGGCAAAGCUGCGGCAGCAGCAGGUGUUGGUGGUAGAGGGGGACGUUCUCAAGCAAAGACACUGCCCAAUCUAGCACUAACAGAGGAACAGCGGGAGAAGCUGCGUCAGUGGAAUGCCUUAGACUGGUAUUUAUACAAAGCCUUCAACCGGACCUUCUGGGAGGAAAUUGACAGGUUUGGUCAUGCCCAGAUGGAGCAGGAGGUAGCUCUUCUCAGGAUACGGCGGGAAGAUCUGGCCCGGGUUUGUCUUAGGGAUGGUGGGAAGCCUGUGGAGGCACACCGGAUUCGAGACAAAAACAUCCGCCCGUUCCAGAGUGGAUUAAUCAAGAUUCUUGGCUAUGAGCUCCAGCCAGGGCUGGACAACGCCACCAGGACAGCCUGUCUGAGGAUGAUCAGGCCUGAGAUUCAGUACAAAGAUGUGCUGGAUGCUAAACAGUUCCCACGGGCUCCGGCAGUCCAAGCCCAGCCAGGGCAACAGAGCCAGGGCCUGAUGGUAGCAGCUGGUGGCUCUUUUUUAAGACAAGACUUGUCCAGGACAGGAGAUAGGCUGGUGGGGGGAGAGGCUGGCGGGAGGACAGUGGAAGAGGGGGAGAGAGACUGGGACGGAAGCCGUUUAAUCAGGAGCAAUCAGACUUUGAUGCAAGGGCAAGAAAAAGCAAGGUUGAGAUAGUCUGCGGUAAGUGUCACUCCUAAAUACAGUACCUUUGGUCUUUGAACAGACGGACUAAUGAAACUGAAAACUGAGCCGACUGUGGUUUACACAUAAGAAAACAAAAGGUCCUCCUUUGCACUUACACUUUUUGGUCAUUUGCUUGUUUUCUUAAAAGCUGUAAUUUGCUUUUAGUUAGUGUAACUCUUGUGGACUUUUAUGGCUGCGGUAACAAGCUGAAGGAGAAUUGUAUGUUUUGUCUCAAUGGAAAGUUAAAGGACCACUUUGUUUUUUAUAAGGAGAAGCACUCUUAAAGUAUUUGCAAGGCUUUCUGCUGCUGUUUAUCACAAAUGGGACAUGAUAUGUUACAGCAGAGACGGGGAAGACUUUUAUUUCCUGUUCAUAUUAAUACUUUUAAGUUUUCCAAUUUUCCCCGUUGAUCUUGGUGCACAUGCUUGAAAGUUCUCAAUGUAAAGGUACAUACAGCCGCAGUUUUCCCUCUCAUGUGUUACCAUUAGGGCUGUAUUGGCAAGAAUCUGGUAAGCAAGGCAUUAUUGAGAUCGGCAUUUGUAUUUAUCACAGUCCAUGUAACAUCCAAAAUCAAAGCCCUCAGCUUACAACACUGCUAUCUAGCGGUUGGAGGUUUAAGUAUAAAAACCAGUACAGUGUUUUUGUGAAUU